AUGGAAGGAAUGGACAAGAAGCACAAUGAUGGGUUAGAAUACGGAACACGCAAUCUCGGCACUCUGAACCGUAGGCUCAAGUCCCGACAUGUUCAGUUCCUUGCCUUGUCCGGUGCCAUCGGCACGGGCCUUUUCGUCGGUAGCGGACAGGUGCUUUCGCUUGCAGGCCCGCUCUCAGCUUUCCUAUCCUUCACCAUCACCGGGUUCAACAUCUUCUGUGUCCUCAACAGCGUCGGCGAGAUGGCUUCGUGGUUGCCUAUCCCAGGCCCUGUUCCCAUUUUUGCCGCCCGGUUCGUGGACCCGGCGCUGGGGUUUGCCCUCGCUUGGAACUAUUGGUAUCAGUUUGCCAUUGGAGUUCCUAUCGAGGUAACGGUCUCAGCCGUCAUUGUUGAUUACUGGCACAACAAUGUCCCCAAAGUCGCACUCAUCAGCCUUUUCUAUUUCCCCAUGGUCUUCCUCAAUUGUUUGCCCGUUCGCAUCUACGGUGAAGCUGAGUUCGUCUUUGGCGCCAUCAAGUUGACCACUAUCGUGGGCUUGAUCAUCUUGAUGUUCAUCAUCACCGUGGGCGGUGCUCCCAAUGGCGAGGCGAUUGGUUUCAGGUACUGGAUACACCCAGGACCUAUGAAUGAGUACUUGAGGCCGGGCGCAUUGGGAAGGUUUCUGGCGUUCUGGAAAGUCUUUGUGCAGGCAACCUUCUCCUAUGGCGGCAGUGAGAUGGUUGUCAUGGCCGCAGGAGAGACAGAGAACCCUCGACGCAAUAUCCCAAAGGCUAUUCGUCGAGUCUUUUGGAGAAUCGUUCUCUUCUACAUCCUUUCCGUCUUCCUUGUCGGUCUUUGCGUCUCUUCCAAGGACCCUUCCCUUCUGAACGCCAUCAACUCCUCUGCCCCUGGCGCAGCUCAAAGUCCCUUUGUUAUCGCUAUUCGCAACGGCGGUAUCAAGACACUGCCCUCAAUCAUCAAUGCUGUUAUCCUGACCUCGGCUUGGUCAUCUGGUAACUCGCUGUUUUACGCCGGCACUCGCGUUCUCUAUGCCGCGGCCCUUGAUGGAAAGGCACCAGCCAUCCUGGCGUACGAGAAGUUUGGCGUUCCAUACCUCUGUGUGGCAGUCACCUCGGCUUUUGGACUCUUGGUGUACCUCAAUGUCAGCAAUAGUGGCGCCGAAGUCUUCUUCUGGCUCAGUAAUCUGAGUGGUGUUGGGGCUCUCAUCAUUUGGGCCAGCGUCUGCUACACCUAUCUUCGCUUCUAUUACUGCCUCAAGCAUAACGGAAUUGACCGCAACACUCUUCCGUACAAGUCACCAAUGCAGCCAUUCUUGGCGUACUUCUCCGUUUCGUUCUGCACAAUUGUUGCUAUCUUUAACGGAUUUGACGCCUUCUUCCCUGGUCGCUUCAGUGCCAAGACCUUCAUCCCGCCUUACAUCAACAUUCCCAUCUUCUUCGUCUUGAUUUUUGGUUUCAAGUAUGUCAAGAAGACCAAGUUUGUCAAGUACUCGGAGAUGGAUAUCUGGUCCGGAAAAGCGGAGAUUGAUGCAUUGGAGCCAACUUGGCCAGUGGUAAAGCCCAGGAAUUGGCUAGAACGCAUUUGGUUCUGGAUUGCCUGA